GGAAACUACCCCAAACACGACCCUGAACUCAGAGGGGCCAAAAAGGAAGACGAAAAAGAAAAGGCAAUGAACGAUAAUUCCAACGGCGGAGCUCCGAACAGAGCCGAGGCGGAACGCCUGCUUGGAGUCGCCGAGAAGCUCCUUCUGUCGCGGGAUUUCACCGGAAGCAAGGAUUUCGCCGUCCUAGCUCAAGAGACCGAUCCCCUCCUCGACGGCUCCGAUCAGAUCUUGGCCAUCGCCGACGUCAUCCUCUCUUCCGACAAGAAGAUCAACGAAGACCACCACGACUGGUACUCGAUUCUCCAGCUCGAUCCCGCCGGUACCGACGACGCCGACCUCAUCAAGAAGCAGUACCGCCGCCUCGCCCUCCUCCUCCACCCGGACAAGAACAAAUUCCCCUUCGCCGAUCACGCCUUCAAGCUCGUCGCCGACGCGUGGGCCGUCCUCUCCGAUUCCUCCAAGAAAUCCCCCUUCGACCGCGACUUCAACUUGUACACCAAGGUCGAUUUGUCCAACGCCGGCAACAAAUUGCCCGUCCGCAGAAGCCAGCGUCAUGCAGGUGACAAUGAUGAUAACAAUAGCCCUCGAACUACCGUCAAUUUCAAUAGUAAUAGUAGCUCCGGCGAUGUGAAUCAUACUAGUAACAAUCGGAGGUCGGCGAGGAUUGCCUCGUUUUGGACGCUUUGCCCCUACUGUUACAUAAUGUACGAGUACCCUAGGGUUUAUGAGGAUUGCUGCUUGAGAUGCGAGAAAUGUGAGAGGGCUUUCCAUGCUGCUUCGAUUCAAUCCCUGCCGCCUAUGGUGCCAGGGAAAGAAUCGUAUUACUGCUCAUGGGGUUUUUUCCCGCUUGGAUUUGUGCUUGGAAAUGGAGACAAAAGUUCUGCUUCAGAUGGUGGUGGUAAUUCUGCUGCUGCUGCUUCUGGCUCUGCCUUUGUGAAUUGGAUGCCACCGAUGUUCGGCGGAGCGAGGCAGCAGCAAGUUGGUGAUAGAAAUGGUGCUCCUCCACCACCACCAGCUGCUGCUACCCCAUUUUCAGUAGUAACGCCUGCUGUGCCACAGUCGACAGUGCCACCAUCCAUUCCAGUGCAAGGGAGUUCGUCUGGAGUGGUAGCAAGGAAAAGAGGCAGGCCAAGAAAAAACCCGUUACCGGGGCAAACUUAAUCGAACGGGGCUAAGAAACUAUGUUUCCCCCCCUGUGCAUGAUCUUUACUAAAGACUAAUGCAGAAGGAUUAUGAAGUGGUAGCUGUUUGUAGGAGCAGCCUGCUGCUCUCUCUCAGUAUGGGAGAAUGAAGGCAUAGAAGGUGCUGUUGUAGUCGCAAUUUGUUUUCCCAUCUCCUGGCUCUCUCAGCUUUAUGUGGUUUAGGGUUUUCUUAGAUGUAUGGUAGCCUUUGUGAUGACUGACUGCUUCAUUGUUCAUAAUGAAUUAUGUUUAACAUUUGCAAACAUGCAGCAAUGUCAUUUAGGCGAAGGUGUUCCUUGUCUGGAUGCAAGAAAAUGUUAUAUUUUUUUGGGUUGAACUAGUUUUACAUCCUUGAAUGAUUAAUGGUUUGUUCUGCGUCUAUCAAGUGUUUGCAUAUUUUGUCCCCGGUAUGUGCCUGCGUGACAAUCUUAUGUUUACUUGGAGAUGGAUGUAUCGCAGCGCUACAUUAAUAUGAAUUGGAUAUGCUCUGCUCUUUAACCUUUAUCCAUAUUUUUAUCUUGAAGCUGUUUGAGAUUUGUGAAGUUGAGAUUGUAUGCAGGUGUUUGGCAUAAAUGCCUUGGUCAGUGAUGAAGUUAUCGACCGUGAUGGCUUCCUUAUUAGACUGGGGUAGGCCUUGUCUCAAUUGUGAUUGAUGAUAGCUUUGAUAGAACAGCAGCAGUCAAGUGCAGUUAACGUUGGUCACAACUGGAACGGAACGAGCUUUUGGAAAUGACUGCUUACCGCAGGAUAGCAGCAAUAAGCAGUAUGAGGAAUCCUUUGCAUUCUCCAUAAAACGCCUUUCUUUUGUUUGGUUUAUUUGAGAGUCAUGCAUCUGACUGAGACUCUAGAAUGCAUCUUUGUAUAAAGUAACAACAGUCCACAUCCUUUCCCCUAGUCUAUGAAAGUAAAUGAAAUUGGUUUCAAUUG